AGUGGCAGUGGCAGUGGCAGUGGCAGUGGGAGCGGGAGGCCGGGGCAGCUGAUGGAGAAGUCGGGCUCUGUCCGCCCCGGGGCCGCGCCGCCGGACCCCCCUCCCGCCCCCUUCUCGGUCAGUCAGCUGCUGGGCAGGAGCGGGGGGCGGCCGUCCGGCGGCCAAACCGGAGACCCCCGGGACCUGUCGGCACUGACCAGCGGCAGCGGGAAGGCUCCGCAGGACGGAGCCAGUGUGCAGGAGACCCUCCACAAACACAGGAAGAAGCAGCGCAGGAACAGGACCACCUUUAACAGCAGCCAGCUACAGGCUCUUGAGCGCAUCUUUGAGAGGACGCACUAUCCAGACGCCUUCGUCAGAGAGGACCUCGCACGGAGAGUCAGCCUUAGUGAGGCCAGAGUCCAGGUGUGGUUUCAAAAUCGAAGAGCCAAAUUUCGGAGGAACGAGCGUGCAAUGCUCGCCAGCAGGACGGCCUCACUGCUCAAAUCCUACAAUACAGACACCAGCGUGGAGCAGCCCAUGGCACCUCGACCCUCGUCGCUCAGCACCGAGUACCUCCCGUGGAACACAGUCACCCCGUACAGUUCAGCACCUUCUUAUUCUUCCCCCGCGACGAGUGUGGCCACACAUGGGCUGAGCAUGGCCAACAGCAUCGCCAGCCUCCGACUGAAAGCCAAAGAAUUCAGCCUCCAGCACAGUCAGGUCCCCACCAUCAACUGACCCGCAGCAGCUGGGAACAGUCAGGGCAUCCUGUCCCAGAAGGAGGAGAGACUGACCCUGAGAGAGGAAAGUCAGCUGUCUCCAUUGCCAUCACUCUUCUCAGUACACAUCCACUUAAACCUCCCUAUGGGAUGUAAUGUGAUUGUGUCUGGCUCAAUACUCAGGACACAGCCACCCUGUUCCACAUCAACUGUCAUUGACGAGGCUCGACCCCCGAGGCUGAAUUCUGCCCUGGAUUGACCUCAGGACAAGUGGGGGGAGGUGGGGGGAAUUAGGUGUGAUGUGAACCUGAUCACUGUGUGGAUUGCAGAGCACACAAGACUUUUCAGCCUCACCAUUUCCCUCGUCUCCUGCUCUGGGUGAGGGGCUGCAGCACAAUGUCCUGGCAUCAAGCCCCUGCCAGCCCUUUCCCCAGGGUUAGACACUGCAGCUGUGUAGACACAGUCAGUGAGGAGAUCUCACCAGCAGCAACCAUAACAGCUGUAAGGUAGAGGCCAGAACUUUUCACAUGGAAGAAUUAUUCGUAAGGAACAAAAUCUUGUUGCAAGGGACACUGAUCAGGCAGGAACAGUCGUCAGAGCUAUGUGGAGACACUGAGCAAACAAGGCCUCACCUCACUCCCUCCUCUUCACUCUAAAAUGGAAUAACUCACUCUCGUCCACUGUGGAACAAGUGCCUUACUCACCUCGGGAGAGCCCCACUGUUGUUUCCAACAUCCUUGUGUGAAAGGGACAAUUUUGUGCUGAAUUACAGUAGGUUUUGCAUCCAGCAGUGAAGCUAGACUCCUCCCUGCGUCUCCGCACUCACCAGCACCUCAACACUUGCCGUCCUCGCCUCCCUCUACCUUCUCUUCCCUGGCGAGACUUCAAAUUGAACCGUUGCCUCUUUCACUCCUACUCUGAAACCACCCUCCACCUCUGCUCCCCUCGCAAACCGGGCUUAGUCCCCAGUGACUGUGAGCAGCUGGUCACAACCUCACCCUCCGUUUGUCUGUUGUACAAACCCUCCUUCCUGUGGGUUCCCUGUCACAGUCUGGGGUGGGUGGUGGUGUGGGGGGGGUAGGGUUUGCAUAAAUGGUUUUGAAAAGUUUUUUUUGUAAAGCAAAAAAUAUUUGUCUAAUAAAUGAACGAAAACUA